UGACAUAGUCAGCGUGAGGAUUGUUUACACAGUACGUGCUACAUCCGUGAUCAGAUGAACAUGGCGCAGGGGAAACAGGCCAUCGGUGGACUGUAAACAAGAGGAAAUUUUGGGAUAAGGCUGGCAUCGUACCAUGCACGUGUGAAAUGGUCUUAAAGUCGAUAUACUGGACCACUUGUUCUGCUUCAUUUAUGAUUACGAGGCGACAGAUUGAGUGCAACACAUCCAAUUGCAUUCAUAAACAUUUCUAUAGGACUUCAAACCCCUGAGCAUUCAGUGUUUUGGAUAUAUAAACAACAAAUCCUUGUUUUAUUGUGGAUGGCAUACUUGCAUGACCAAAUGGCUGCAAUUGGAAAAGUCAAACGGAGUAAAGAUCUUCCUCAAGGCGUCGAGAGGUUGAAAGAGGAGCACAGAAAGGUGGUGAAAGAUUGCACAAGUCAAAUUGAGCACUGGAGUAAAGUUGAAAAAGACUAUGAAUCUCUUCAAGACCGCCUCAAGACUUUGCCUGACAAGUUGUCUUAUGAUAUUAUGGUACCAUUUGGUCCCUUGGCUUUCAUGCCUGGAAAGCUAGUUCACACUAAUGAGUUAACGGUGCUCCUCGGGGAUAACUGGUUUGCAAAGUGUUCUGCCAAACAAGCCGACACUCUUGUGGAACACCGAAAGAAACAUGUCAAAAAUGCGCUUGAUGACUUACAGAAAGUGGUGAAGAACUUUCAGAAUAAGGCCGACUUUACAGACGAUCUUAAAAAAUUGACUGGUGAUACAGAAGAUUUUCUAGACAUUAGAGAAGAGGUAAUAAAUGAGGAGGAAUUUUCCAAAGGAAAACAUCGUCUGGCCCACAAACCCAAUUCUAAACCUAAGCAGGAGUAUUUAUUGGAGCUGGAAGAGAACAAAGAGAAGAAAGAAGGCGAUGAGGAGAGAACGACAGAGCUGCUGUCAGAGGUGGAGCUGUGGGCCCGACUUGAUGAACUAGAGCGUGAGGAGGAACUUCAAGAUGAGAGAUACCGAUUGGACAGCACAGACACUAAUGGAGAAGACACCACUUCCUCCUCAGAGGAAGAGAAGGAAGCAGAAGGUGGCAGCGGUGUCCAGGUUAAUGGCCAUCAGAAGGAAAAUGGCUGGGUACCGUCAUCUAUCACAAGUCAGAUGAACGGCACUAAUGGCUCACACCCUGAGGCUGAGGAGGAGGAAGAUUUUGAUGAGGAAGCAGGCAGUGGUCUUCCAACUAUCUAUUUUUCUCAUACUGCAGAAUUCAAAAAGGUCAGGAUUAAUACAGGAAAGAACACCACUCUAAAAUUCAGUGAAAGAAAUGAACAAAAGGCACAAGCCAAGCGAAAAAAGAAAAGUGGCAAAAGUAACGGCCAUUCUCCUCAUGAAAGUUACAAGAUCACAAGCCCAACAGACAUUUAUAGGGUGUUUGUGGAUUUGGUGAAUGGAGAGCCAAUACCACGCAAGUCCAUUUUGAAGUCCCGCAGCCGUGAGAACAGCGUGUGCAGUGACACCAGCGAGAGCAGCACAGCUGACUUCGAAGAGCGCCGUGCUGCUUUUGGACGCUCGUGGAGCCAUGAUGACGCCACACACAGUGAUACCAGCGAUGGCAUUACAGAGGAGGAAAGCCCCACCGGAACGAGCCCCCGCACUAACGGGCGCUUUGAGGCUUUUACAGGCACAGUGAUUGAAAAGGACCCCCUGCCUUGCUCCAUCCCGCACCUGACCAUCGUCCCUCCUGCCUUACCCACAAUCCCCGAGAGAAAGCUGGAGGAGGUGGGCCCAGAAGCUCUUCAGGAGCCACCCAAGAGGAUGUCCAAGUUUAAAGCUACACGGUUGCAUCAGACAUGAGUUCAUCUCAUCAACACACAACUUUUAAAUUCGGUUUUGUACAAACUAAACUCUCAUAGUCUUACUUUCCCACUAUCUGCCCUCUUUUUCUGUCCUCCACACUACUUUUAUACUGUUAUAUAUACCCUGGACAUUUUAUUUGCUCCAUAAGAGUAAUUAAUAGAGAUUACAAAUGAUUUCCCUACAGUUUGCUUUUUUAAAUGCCAGAUGGUUUAUUUAAAAGGAUAGUUCACCAGAAAAUCAAAACUGUCAUUUACUCACCUUUUUUUCUUUCCUGUGUGAUGUUUUUUCUUCUGUGGAACACAAAGGAAGUUAUUUUGAAAGAAGUUGGAAAUGGUUGUUUCACAGAAGAAACAGGUUUGGAUCUUCAUGAGAUUAAGU